GGCGCGGAUACGUACCAGGAAAAGAAGUGAUUCAAUUUAACGACGACUGCGUGUUGCGUCCUUAGUUCUUUAAAUGUUGUGUCUAUAUUUUGCGUUGGUUGCAUUAUAUUCCAUGGGUUAGGGGCUACUAAUUUCAAGUGAAUCCAGCCGUACUGCUUUAUUCUGCAGCGGAAAUACAGCAUGGGUCCUUAGCUGUCUCAUACUAUCUUCUGAGGUAAAACUGUCAACUUGGCCUAUCGUAAACAAUGGCGAGAGAAGAGAAGACAAGCUGGAUGUUGACCGGCGCCACCGUCGUCUGUGUUCUCGCUCUCUAUGUGCCGCGCGUGCAGAAGACAGUCCCCGGUGGUGAUUCAGGAGAGCUGAUCACCACUGCCUGUGAGCUGGGGGUGGCUCACCCUCCCGGAUAUCCGCUUUUCACUCUGUUAUCGCGCCUGGCUAUGUGUCUUUUGCCCACACUCUCACCAGCUCACAGUAUCAACCUAAUGACCAGCUUGCUGGGGGCAGUGGCAUGUGGCAUCCUCUGCAUGACUGUAUGCAGGUUGAUAGGUCCUGGUCCUGGAGCAGUACUGGCUGGAGGAGUAUUUGCCGUUUCUAGGCUGAAUUGGCAGUGGUCAAUGGUCGCAGAGGUUUUCACCCUCAACAACCUUUUUACUGGGUUGCUCUUCCUGUCUGCUGCUAGCUUUCACUUGGCUAAGAAUGCAUCAGAGAGGCGAAAGCGUUCACAGAGGGGGGCGCUCUGCUGUGGGCUGGGGCUAUGCAACCAGCAUACCCUGGCGCUGUAUGUAAUUGUAGUCAUCCCAUGGGUCUUCCAUAGACUCCACUCAAACAGGGAGCUGUCUCUGCGUAGCCUCAUGUCAAUGGGACUGUGUUUCCUACUAGGCUUAAUGCCUUACAUCUUCCUUCCUUUAUCCUCCUAUGCAAACUCAGCCCGUUGGAGCUGGGGGGACCAGACCACCGUGUCAGGUUUGCUAACCCACCUGCUCAGGAUUGAAUAUGGGACUUUCAGUCUGGCAAAGACAGAGAGCUCUGUUAACAUGACCUUAUUACUCAAGGCCCAGUUGGACCACUGCCUGGCAGAUCUCUCUCUUCCUGUUGUAUCUCUGGCAGGAUUAGGCCUCCUUCUUUCUUCAACGGAUAGAACAUGUCGCUCCAUGUCCUGGCUGUUGACUUCUAUGUUGCUCAUAUACUCAAUGUUUUUUGCCUGGAGGGCAAACUUGGACAUCAGUAGACCUUUACUGCUUGGAGUGGUGGAGCGUUUUUGGAUCCAGAGUGACGCUAUAGUGUGUUUGCUGGCUGGCCUCGGCUUCGGCCUGGCCUUCAAUGUGCUGGAGCGGAUGCUAGGCCAUGGGGGGUUUUGGAAGACCGCAGCCUGGAUCCUUACCACGGUUCUACUAGCACACAUGGUGCACAUUAACCACAGGGAAUGUGACCAGAGCAGCAACAGUGUGGUGGAGCGAUUUGGCAGGGAGCUUUUAGCUUCCUUUCCAAAAGAUUCCAUCAUUCUGACCAGAGGAGACCUGCCGGGAAACUCCCUACGCUACCUGCACUACUGUCUCGAUGUACGACCUGAUGUGCGCCUAGUCGACCAGGAGAUGAUGACAUACAGUUGGUAUGUGGAAAAGCUGGGGGCUCACCUCCCUGGUGUGAACUUUCCCGGCCACCAAUGGGACCCAGUCCACUUAAAGGAGAACAACACCUUCAAUCUGGAGCAGUUUCUGAUCCACAACUCCCAGAGGGACGUGUUUGCCUGUAUUGGGCUGAAUGACGGUGACCCAAGCUGGGGACGCAGCUUUUCUCGCUGGCCUUUUGGUGUCUGUGACUUUUUGGUACCCGCUCGGAGGCAAUUUCGCCCUAAAGAGUGGGCGAAUCGCACACACAGCCUUUAUAACUGGAGUGAACCACACAACCGUUUUCACUCUGCAUCCUGGGAGCGUGUGGCAAACGAAGAGAUGUGGCAAGCCAGGAUGAAGACAGCUUUCUUUCUGUUUGACCUGGCAGAGCGGAUGCAGGGCGAGGGCAAAUCUGACCUCUUUGAGCUGUCUUACACUCUGUAUAAAGCGCUUGUGGAGUCCCACUCUAAUUACCCCACAAACUGGGACAAGAACCUGGCACUGGCCUGCGAGCGCCUGCUCCGCUCAGGUCACCCAGGACACAGUCCGGACGGCCUGCUGACCUGCAGCAUCCAGCACUUUACCCUUUAUUUGGACAGAGAACCGGCAGACUCGCAAGCGUCUGCCAUACGUUCAGCUGUCGCCCACCUGCUGAAAGAAAGACACCGGCACCAUCAGGAACUCGGGCAAACUACCUGACAGGUUUUUACCUGACAACCAGAAGGUGUGAAACUGAGCUGUAAGCCCUCCAGACGGAAGCACAAUAAUGUUUUACAAAGGGAUUGACGAGGGAGAUUUUUUUCAGGCCAGAGAUCAGACAUUUAACCAAGCCACCCCUGCAUUGCCCACACGCAUGCAUACUUGCGCGUGCAGCACACAUACACAUACAUAUUCACAAACACAUUAUAUAUUAUUAGCUCAUUAAAAACAAUUUUGCACUUCAAUACAAGCAUAAUAGUCACUACAAUAUACAACCAAAUGUUAUAUGGACAUUGUCAAACCAGCACUCAGCUGUGGAGGUGGUGACCCACCAAAUAUUUUGAAGCAAAACAUAAAUUGUCUUCACCCCACAAUGGCAAAUAUAGGUCACCAUUCCAAUUUUCAUUUUUCAAACAUACUGAUGAUCAAAUAAAGCUAAAGAUCACACUAACUUAAAUAAGAUUGAAACAUCUUUACACAAAACUUCAUUUUUCAUCAUGACACUUAAAAUAGCCAAAAUAAAGUGCUGUAAAUAUGUGACCUAACCCCUUCUAGGAGCCACUUACAGAUCCAAAUCCCUGCACCUUAUCAAUAAAGCCAUGUCAAGCUCUAUCAAUAUUUCCUUCUCUGUUGACAUCAACAGUUCUGACAUCAACUGUUCUUUACCUGUCAGUUGCUCUGAGGCUAAGCUAAUACUGGACUCAAUGUCCGAUGCACCAGAACUUGAAAUAAAAACAUUUUUUUAUCCCAGUGGAAAAUUCAGUAAACCAGACUGCCUUAUUACACAUGGCGGUGGGACAUACUGGAUCUCAUACUGACCAGAAACCAAUGUUUGUUGCUGUUUUUAUUUUGAUAACUAAUUUGCUGACACAUCUUUUUAAAGGGGAAAUACUUUGCCUUCUGAAAAUCACAAUUUCUGCAGACAUACUAGUCACCGGGACUCUGACUCGAGUUGACUCGAGUCGCAAAUUUGAUGACUCGCAACUGGACUUGGACUUGAAAGAAAAACAACGCAGACUCGGACGUGAGUCGCUUGAGCUGGAAGGGUCUGAGACUCGAAGAGCUCAUGACUAAUUUAAUCUAGUUUUAGUCAACGUUUACUGAAACUGUUUUCGUCUGUAAAAUUUGAAAAAUGUACCCCAAAACUAAUCAAAUAAAGGUUUCCAACUAUUUCGAAUGAACAUUGACAGACGAGCACAUAUUGUUGCGUCUACAAGGACAACGGCAACUUGGUGAUAAUACACUUAGCAGGAAAACAGUACAUUUAAAAAAAAAUAAAAAAAUAAUGAUACCCACCUGGACGCCACGAACUGUAUCUAAAAAAAAAAAAAAAGUUGUCCGAGAGUUUAAGAGGACGUUUGCCUUUAGCAUUACCCUAAUGCUAACGCCAGUGCUAUGCUAAUGCUACGAGUUACAUUUAGUGUGUGAUGAUCACUUAGCACAGACUAUUAAAAACUAAAGCAACAUUGCCUAUUCUCGCUGGCCAACAUAAGAAAACAAAUAUUAUCGUGUGUGUUUGUGUGUUUGUGCGAGACUGGAGAGCAGCAGCAUUUCACAUGAGUGACUGUCAGGAAAUAAAACACAACCAGUAUUCCAUUCUAAGGACAGUUGCAAGUAGAAAAAGACACAACCCGACACUGCUACGAUGCAGAUUACACAUAAAGUGUCCCACAUAGUGAACAUGUGACAGAAACUAUUGCGCAUUUUUGUCUCGUCAGACGAAAACUGGCGUUCGUCUCGUUAUGCUUUGUUCUCCCAAAACCUGUUUUUAGCUCAUCAUCAUCAUGAAAAAAAAAAGUUCGAUGACGAAAUAUUUUCGUAAUAGUCAUCGUUGACGAAAAAAAAACCUUGGCCGCUCUCACCACGUCCUCACAGAUCAAGCUGUGACUCAACUUGACUCGUCUCGACAACCUUUUGACUUGACACGACUUGUCUUUAUAACCUUUGACUCGACACGAUUCGUCUUUAUAACGUUGUGACUCAGCUCGACUCGACAUGACCUCAAAACUCGACUGGACUCGACAUAACCUCGUGACUCGACUCAACUUGAAUUGCCCAUAACAGGUUGGACCCGAGACUUAUUUGUGACUCUUAUCAUAGUGACUCGUGCAAUUGUCUGACUUUUGGUUAUUUGAUGACUAUAUAGCGUAUGUAGAAAUAACAUGUCACCCUCUGUUAAAUAUUUUUCACACUAAUUGAAGAAAAGCUGCCACAUUGCCAAGUUCCAAAGACAAUCGGCCAAUUCAUCAGCGUGGUCAAACAUUGUUUACUGGCCGGUGUGACAUUGGUGGCGGGAGGCAGUUGUAUUAUAUUAUAUUAUAUCAUACACUCACCGGCCACUUUAUGAGCUACACCGUGCUAGUAACGGGUUGGACCCCCUUUUACCUCAGAAUUCUUCGUGGCAUAGAUUCAACAAGGUGCUGGAAGCAUUCCUCAGAGAGUCUGGUCCAUAUUGACUUGAUGGCAUCACACAGUUGGUGCAGAUUUUUCGGCUGCACAUCCAUGAUGCCAAUCUCCCGUUCCACCACAUCCCAAAGAUGCUCUAUUGGAUUGAGAUCUGGUGACUGUGGAGGCCAUUUGAGUACAGUGAACUCAUUGUCAUGUUCAAGAAACCAGUCUGAGAUGAUUCCAGCUUUAUGACACGACGCAUUAUCCUGCUGCCUGUAGCCAUCAGAAGUUGGGUACAUUGUGGUCAUAAAGGGAUGGACAUGGUCAGCAACAAUACUCGGGUAGGCUGUGGCGUUCCAAUGAUUCUCAAUUGGUACCAAGGGGCCCAAAGAGUGCCAAGAAAAUAUUCCCCUCACCAUUACACCACCACCACCAGUCUGAACCGUUGAUACAAGGCAGGAUGGAUCCAUGGUUUCAUGUUGUUGACGCCAAAUUCUGACCUUACCAUCCGAAUGUCGCAGCAGAAAUUGAGACUCAUCAGACCAGGCAACGUUUUUCCAAUCUUCUAUUGUCCAAUUUCGAUGAGCUUGUGCAAAUUGUAGCCUCAUUUUCCUGUUCUUAGCUGAAAGGAGUGGCACCCGGCGUGGUCUUCUGCUGCUGUAGCCCAUCUGCCUCAAAGUUUGACUUACUGUGCUCUUCUGCCUACCUUGUUUGUAAUGGGUGGUUAUUUGAGUCACAGUUGCCUUUCUGUCAGCUCGAACCAGUCUGGCCAUUCUCCUCUGACCUCUGGCAUCAACAAGGCAUUUCCGCCCACAGAACUUCCGCUCACUGGAUAUUUUUUCUUUUUCGGACCAUUCUCUGUAAACCCUAGAGAUGGUUGUGCGUGAAAAUCCCAGUUGAUCAGCAGUUUCUGAAAUACUCAGACCAGCCCUUCUGUCACCAACAACCAUGCCACGUUCAAAGCCACUCAAAUCACCUUUCUUCCCCAUACUGAUGCUCAGUUUGAACUGCAGGAGAUUGUCUUAAACCAUGUCUACAUGCCUAAAUGCACUGAGUUGCCGCCAUGUGAUUGGCUCAUUAGAAAUUAAGUGUUAACGAGCAGUUGGACAGGUGUACCUAAUAAAGUGGCCGGUGAGGGUAUACCAGUACAUACACUGAUCACUAAGGGUGUAACGUUUCACAUGGAUGUACUCAGGGGUGAAAGUGGCUAGAAUAUCUUGCUGGAACUCCCUGGCAUAAAGGUAGCCACGGAGCCAAAAUUGUUUUGGGUUUUUGUUUUUCUGGGGGUGGGAGUGUCAAAUCUCAUAAAACCACAGAAAUGCAAAGAAAACUGCUUUUGGCAGUUGUAUCUAUAACACACAAUAAAACACAACAGGUUUUACACAUGCAUUAGGCUGCUGCAUUACACUUACUGUGACAAGGUAUACAAGGGAAACUGAUUUUCAUUCAAAAUUAUGUUUUUUCAAUGAUGUGCAAAAUAUCAGUAAACAAAACAAAACAACAAAAACUGCAAUAACCCCAACCUCCAUCUUCUAAUUUUUAUUUUCCCUCAUGUCCUCACAUCAAAAUGCAAAACCUCAAUUUUAACUACUUAAGAACAUAUGAUGUUCAGUACAAUAAAAUUGAAGAUAAUGUAAACAUUUAUUAUUAAAAACAAAAUAAAAAAGUAACAUACAUAAAUAAAAAUAAGGGCAAAUAACAUUAUGCAAAGUGAAAUGGAAUAUAUUUUGAAUAGUUAACGCAAACAUUGACUUUUUUAUAUUAUGAGGAAAUAAAUAAGUAGCCAUACAUCUGUAAAUGAACAAAAAUCAGUCCAAAGUGCACAUUAACUAUAUUGCCAAAUGUAUCACAUUUGAGACAAGCAUUUCUGCAGUAAAAAAAAUUUGUUUAAAAUGUUAUUGUGCUCAAUUUCACUAAUUUUCGUUUUACCACGAAAACUGCAUGUAAUGCUUAAUGUAUCAUUUACGAUAAAAAAAUAGAGAGCAUAUAUAUAAAUUUUUAAAAAUAACAUGUUUUAAAAUUAUAUUUAAGGACCACAUAAAGCUGUCAAGUUGAAAAAAAAAAAAAAAAACAAUUUUCUGUUCAUUAUUUCUGGGGUCAGGCAUUAUUGGUUAACUUGGAAGAUGUAUUGAACCUCCCCAUCAGAGCAUAUAAAACAAAAUAAGCCUCUUCAACUCUUUCCUUUCUCUUCAAGAUCUGAUCAAUUUUAUGUUGCAUUGCCCUUUUUUAAUCACAUUAUUUCAACAAACAUGUUGUUUUGUUUUUGUCCCAGAAACAUGUGCAUUUGAACUGAUCAGAGCUAACUACCCAUGCUGAUCACAUGUCAGUACGUCAGUCAAUUGAACAGACAACUGCAGUCCAGGCAGAGCGUUGCUGCGCGCAUGCGCACAUCAACGCGAGUCGACUGUCUCGUCGGACUCCGAUACGCACGCUGACAGAAUAAAUAGAUAAUAAAUAUCGGUGGAAACAGUUUACGCUACACAAGCACUUUAUUAGGCUUGUUGUUAACACUUGUGUAUGUAAAUCUGAUGUCAGUAGAUUGUUUUCUUCUUGGGAGAUGCAUGUGUGGCAGCCUGGCAGUUUUUUUUUUUUUUUUUUUUUUUUUGGAAACAUGGAGGUCUGAAAGCAUCAAAGCACCGUUCUGCCCCCGAAUUUUAUACCAGAAUGGCGUUCCGCGCCGUUCCGCCCACUUUCUCCCCUGGCUGUACUGAACCGUUUCGGUUUUGCAUUUUCAGUUCGGUUCACUUACAUACCGAGCUGAACUCGAGGAAGCCUCGAAUGACCCCAAUCAAGUGUGCCCCCGUAGACCUUUCACUUGAUUGCUUUAUCAUUCCAUCAUCUGUUCUACUUGCGCAGCUUUUAAUGUACUGAUUAUUUUUGCCUCGGCCGAUGCGCCGCUUCUCUUUUCUCCACAUUAGGACGACGAGAUUGAGGGAAACCCAAUUUGGGGGCAGCCAUGGGGGAUUAGAGCAACUGUCUAAUCUAGGACAGACUUGCACUACUCCACCCGUUCCCGGCAGUUACCGUCCAUCCAUCAGUCUAUCUUAGAUGGUCUUUUAAAUGUUGGAAACUAAUGGAUUCGAUUAGUUUUUUUUCCCCUCCCUCACUCUUCCGUCCUAACGGGAGGCCUGUAAUCCCUUGUGGAUUUAAAUGAAAUGUAAAAUGUCACAAUGCCAGAGACCCUUUUAAAGUGUGCGUGCGCACACGUUUUUAAAUGGGCAUGUGUUUGAAUAUGCAUAGAUUUUAACCACAAACACAUUCUGCGAUGUGCCCCUAAUGUGAACGUUUCAACAAGGCUAGACUAAAAAGAGUAAAUGGAUUUGUUUGUCACUUUUUUUUUACUCACGACUGGCACUUAAGGGCCUAAAGCAUAGGUGUCAAACUCAGGCCAGCGGCCCAAAUUUGGCCCACAGUGUAACUAUAUUUGGCCCGCGUGGGAAUUUCAAAUUAAUAUUGGAGCUGGCCCGCCGGUAUUAUACGACGGCGGCGCUGUAAUGACACAUUCACCACUUAUACUACAAACCCUAUGAUGCUCUGCUGUUGUUUUGGCACGUCAAAACAACGCGAUAGAGGCAAACACGCCCCCCCUCUGUGUCAGUAGCGUCUAUGGUAGCGGUUAUGGAUGUAUUAAGAAGGUAGUGAUCCGUCUUCGUGCACAUUCCUACAGUUAAAACCCCCGGCGGACUCCGUAUCCCCGUUCCUCUCUGCUGGACCACACUGCGACCUCAAACUACAGCUUUAAAACUACAGCUGUCACUGUGUUACCUUACCAAGAAAUGGUGAAAAGAAAGGCAGAAAAUAAAACUUUUUUUGGACAGGUGAGAGACGAAAUAUCAGUUUACAUAUGGAAAAGACCUUUUUGUCAAGUUUGUGGAGCCAACGUGUCAGUAACAAAGGAGUACAAUGUUAGACGACACUAUGAAACAAAACACCAGGACAAAUAUAAGGACAUGGACAUGACUGAAAGGAGCCAGAGAGUAAAGGAAAUGAAAAGAGCAACUUUUUUCCUCAAUGAAGAUGACAAAAAUGUCUGACAGUAGACGUCUGACUGGCGAACGCUUUUGAUCGAUAAUGAAGGUUUCCUCAGCUCAAACCCUGAGCCCCUGACAUUGAUAAAUCCAAGAAAAGAUCCCAGGUGUCUGGCUUGGGCACAUCAGAGUAGAUCAGUGUGUCGCAAAAUGAGCUCUAAAGACAUUUUCUAUGGACUUUUUCUUGCUACUUCAAGGCCUGAAUGGUUGAUUUAUUCAUAGUUAUGUUUUUUUAUUUUCAAAUUCAUUAGCCUGUGUUAGAGCAGGGCGGUAAACCGAAAAUUUACCGUUACCGAAAUUCUUCACGAUGACCGACGUAAUUUUGACCAUGUCGGUAAAUUCGGUAAUUUAAUAAAAGAAGAAAAUACAUAUAGUCUUUUCAUCCCACUUUGACUCUGUGUUGUUCGGCUAUGUUCAUUCCCCUUUAAGAAACCAGACAGUGUGCUUACAUUGGGAGUCACAUGGUUUUCAGGAAGCCAAUCAAACAGAAGCCCGGUAGGCUAACGCUAGCUGCUAACGCUAGCUGCUAACGCUACAAGUAAACGGGAUGAAGUCGGGCUUAAGUUAGCUUCGCCAAACUUUCACCCGACAUUAAGUAAACUCUUGACAGGUUCCAGAUAGGGAUGGAAAACCGAGGCUUUCUGAAACAAUGAACCACUUUUAAUACAAUUGCCCUAAAUUGAAUCACUGUUUGACACACUGCAAGAGCCACAUCUACUGGAUAAACAGUGCACGUUUCUUUUUAAAAGUAAAGUUGACAAAUUGCCUCAGCAUUACAUAUCUUCAAUAGAAUUACCGGUAAGUGGAUGUCGUCUAUUUCAACCAGGAGAUCGUGUCGUCAUUAAGUGUGAUUUACACAAUUAAAGUUGACCUCUUUAAGCCUGUGUCAUUGCUUUUGUCUGUGAAGAUGUGUUCAAAGCAGUAUUUGUAAUACACGACAGUGCUAGUCUUGUAAGUGGCUCGUCCUAGAUGACAGGGAGUAACUAUGUAUUGUUUAUUUUUUGUAAAAAUUACAGUACAGUAAGCACAGUGCUUGGGAACAGGAAUAUUAUUUAUUGCAUACUGUAAGGAUUUCCAAAAUCAUAAGAUGUAAAUAAUUGAGCUGAAUAAAAGAAAGGAAAGGUUUGUGAAACAUUUUAUUUUUUAAUUAAGUAUAAUUUCUGGGGGGCGGGUGGAUGUGUCGUAUUUGUAUCUAUUCUAAAUAUCUAAACGUAUGCCACUAUCUAGUGUAUAACAAUGCGGAAUGAAUUUAAUGAAAUUCAAGAGAUAUUUUUCAAGUCAUACAAGCUGUUAUAAAUGUUCACACAAGAAUUCUUAUUGUUUACAAGAUUUUUUUAAUACUUAAUGUUUAGACUGCAUGUGCAAUUGUUAAAUUGAAAGCUGGUAAAUAAAUUUAACGAGAAACUGUUAAUUUGUAUUCCAUGCAUUGAUUCAAAUUUUCAAAUUAUAUAACAGUUUGCUUGGCGAAUUUAUCGUCAUUUAUCGUUAUCGAGGUAAAUCUGCUCAAUUUAUCGUGAUACGUACUUAAGGCCAUAUCGCCCAGCCCUAGCCUGUGUAAGAAGCUAAUUUUGACAUUUGUUUCAGAAGGCUACAAACAGAAAGGAGGCAUUCAAAUUGUAUUUAUUGCCAUUGAUAUGUUUUUAUUAUUAUUAUUACUACUAUUGUUAUUAGUAGUAGUAUUAUUAGUAACUCAAUUUUGCACGCCUGUACUUCAAAGUUAUAUAAGCUUUGCUUGUUCAAUAUUCAUUGUUAAAUCAAAACUUGUUUGGUUCCAUAUUAAAAGGUUCAUUUGUUCAAUCUU